AUCGUUUUCUUGGUAGGCGUGUCGGUGCGAUGAAGAGGAUAUAUGCUCUCUCUUCUCGCUCGACAAACACCUAAAAUCACCCUUUCUUUGAUUUUCAACCACCACUUUACUCCUCCUUAAUUCUCUCUCUCUCUCUCUCUCUCUUGCUCUCUCUCUCCCCGCUGUAUGUAGACUGUAGUAGUAUCUCUCCCUAUCUUUCCUCACACAAAACCCGGCUCCCCCACAUUUGCCCAAUUUGUCCGAGUCUGAGUCUCUGAGAGAGAGAAGAUCGAGAGAGAGAGGCGGCGGAGUUUUGAGUGAGUGGUUGUUGAUCUGAGUGAGGAAAUGGCAGUGGAUCCAAGGCAGGUUGUUGCUGGCUUCUUAACAGUGACCAUGUUUGUAAUGCUUGGAAACAUGAUCAAGAGGGACCAUUUUGAUACCACCGUUGAAGUAGCAAACCAUUCAGGAUCUCCAAGUGGUAAUUAUGAUGAUGUCGAGACUAGUGAGCGCACCACUGUCACACUUCCUGGAGUGAGAAAUGGGCCAUGGAAGGAGGAUGUUCUAAAUCUAAAGCCGUGUUGGACAAAACCGGAUUCAGAAGAGGGACAGCAAUCAGAAGGUUUUGUCACCUUCUCAUUAACCAACGGCCCUGAGUAUCAUGUCUCACAGAUUGCUGAUGCAGUUGUAGUCUCAAGAUAUCUAGGAGCGACUCUUGUUUUGCCAGACGUAAGGGGAAGCAAACCAGGUGAUAAGAGGAACUUUGGAGACAUUUAUGAUGUUGAAAAGUUUGUAAAAAGUCUGAAUGGGGUGGUCAGAGUCGCUAAAUAUCAACCUGGUGAAAUAUCAGCUCGGAACCUUGCAAUUGUGAGGGUCCCGAAUCGUGUUACUGGAAACCACAUUGCUGAACAUAUUGAACCAAUAUUUAGUAGAAAGGGCAACAUCAGGCUGGCAACUUACUUUCCUUCAGUGAAUAUGAGAAAAACUGAACAUAAAAGUAUCAUUGAUUCAGUGGCAUGCUUGGGUAUGUUCGGAACUUUAGAGUUAAAACCUGAGGUUCGUGAAGUGGUGGACUCAGUAAUUGAGCGGCUAAGAACUUUAAGUCGAAAAUCAGAUGGUCAGUUCAUAGCAGUGGAUUUGAGGGUUGAGAUGUUGGAGAAGAAAGGUUGCCAAGAAAGUUCAACAAAAAGCUGUUACAGUCCAGAAGAGAUUGCACUAUUUUUGAGGAAGAUUGGUUUUAACAAGGACACCACCGUAUAUUUGACCCAAUCUAGGUGGGAUAGCAGCCUCGAUGCUCUGAAGGAUUUUUUCCCCAAAACUUAUACCAAGGAAGGCAUUAUGCCAGAGGAUAAAAAGGCAAAGUACCUCAACUCGGAAACUUCCGAAUUUGAGAAGGCUAUCGACUUCUACAUUUGUUCUGAGAGUGAUGUUUUUGUACCAGCCAUCUCAGGCCUUUUCUAUGCCAAUGUAGCCGGUAAGAGAAUUGCUUCCGGAAGGACACAGAUACUUGUUCCUGCCAAUGUUCCAGGCUCUACUUCUGCAGCAGACUUCAUAUCCCCUUAUGUUUCAAAGAAGAAUCACCUGGCCUAUUCUUGUUUCUGCUAACUCUGCAUGUGAAGGAAAUUGAGGAGAGCAGUUAAAGCGAUUUCCAAUUCAUUGAUCAAGCACUCUUUGUGAAAAUACAAAUCAUUUGGUUGCAGCAUUCAUACUUCAAUUGUUGUGCUUAGUAGGCACCAGAGUACUUUUCUAGAGGUUAUCCAAGAGAACAACAAACUGUUCCAACACAGAAUCGUCAAAAUGAUUGUUAAGAGUGUUUUUAAUUUAUUGUGACGCCUAUCAGAAAUAUUAGAUUCUGUCAACGAGAAAAUUAUGUUCCAAUUUCUGAAGUUGUUUCCAUAAUUUGCAUCCUGUAGUUGUAUGAAAACUCUCGUUUUGGUGUGUACAUUAGAUGUGGUUUGUCAUGGACAAGAAAUAUUGAAUCGUUUUGUAAUGAUAUAAUUCUGUGGUGCCUA